UCGAACCAGUUGAUGGAAAUGUUAUAACCAUUGAAGGAACAGUUCAGGAAGAAGAUGAAGAAGAUAUCGAAUAUAUUCCAACAAACGAGAGUUUAGUAAAUAGAUUUAAUACAUUAAAUAUAAAGCAACAACAACAACUCCAACAGCAACAACAACAACAAUUCCAACAACCAGCCCAACAACCUAUUCAGCAACAAUAUCAACAAUAUCAACAACCAAUUCAACAACCUAUUCAACAACCUAUUCAACAACAACCAGUUCAACAACCAGCUCAACAACAAUUUAAUUUUAAUACUACAGGGUUAAAUCAAGAACAAAUUAGUUAUUUCCAACAACAGCAACAAUAUCAACAACAAUUACAACAAUUACAACAACAAAAAGAACUUCAAAUUCAACAACAGCAAUUACAACAACAAUUACAACAACAACAGUUGCAACAACAGGAACAACAAAGACAAAAUGAAGCAAACUUCUUUUUAGAUAUGAAUGAAUAUGGCCAACGUAUCCGUGUUUGUGUUAGAAAAAGACCAUUGAAUAAAAAAGAACUUGCAAAAAACGAAAAAGAUAUUAUCGAAGUUGUACCAAAGAAAGAUUUGCUUGUUAAUGAACCAAAAAUUAAAUUAGAUUUAACAAAAUAUACAGAAAAACAUAAAUUUGUUUUCGAUGAAGUAUUUGAUGAAACUUCAAAUAACUAUCAAGUUUAUUUACAUACAGCUUAUCCAUUAGUAGAUUCAAUUUUCCACAAAGGUAAAGCAACAUGUUUUGCAUAUGGUCAAACUGGUUCAGGUAAAACAUUCACAAUGAUUGGUAAUGGUGAUGGUAUUUAUGCAUUGGCAGCAAGAGAUAUUUUCCAUCGUCUAGAAACCUAUUUUAAAGAUCAAUUGGAAGUUUAUAUUAGUUUCUUUGAAAUCUAUGGAGGCAAAUUAUUUGAUCUCUUAAAUGAAAGAAAGAAAUUAGCUUGUAGAGAAAACGAAAAUCAAAAUGUUGUUAUCGUUGGUUUGGGUGAAAAGCAAGUAAACUCUCCACAAGAGUUAAUGACAUGUAUCACCGAUGGUAAUAAAAUUAGAUCCACAGGUUCAACAGGUGUCAAUGCAGAUUCAUCACGUUCCCAUGCUAUUCUUCAAAUCAGUUUAAAGAAUAUCACCACAAAUAAACUUCAUGGCAAAUUCUCAUUCAUUGAUUUGGCUGGUAGUGAAAGGGGCUCAGAUACAUACGAUAAUGAUAAGCAAACUAGAAAGGAGGGUGCUGAUAUCAACAAAUCAUUAUUGGCACUCAAAGAAUGUAUUAGAGCUUUAGAUCAAUCUUCUAAACAUACUCCAUUUAGACAAAGUACUUUGACUCAAGUAUUAAAAGAUAGUUUUAUUGGUAACUCUAGAACCGUUAUGAUUGCAAACAUCUCUCCAAAUAAUUUAUCA